CACGGGCGUAGGACAUCUAUUGCCAUAUGAGCUGCAGGCACAAUACCUAUGCGAGCAAGAGAAAUAUGGGAAAUGGACGCAGAGCCACGUGUACCAUUGUGUGCCUUGAAUGUAGGCUUAUCAGAAAUUUAGGGUCACAUUAUGAGUCGAGAGUGCUGAAUAGCGUAGAGCUGAUGCAGACUAGGGCCACUGGACCAGUUGAACAUUAAGUAGAAGCAGACUGUUGUUGACUCUAUCAAGCAUGGCAGAAACCAGUCAUUCUGAUAUGGAUACAUCAGUAUCUUCUGUGUCUGUGACUGAAUCUGAGGACAAAUGUGGCACAAAUGAAAAAGUUGAUGAAUCUGAAGACAAAUGUGCCACAGAUGGAAAAGCUGGUGAAUCCUUAAUGUGUCACAGUGAUCCAUUCAAAAUGCCGGACAUUCUGCCAAGAAGUGCAAAUCAGAUAAUGUCACCAUCGUCAUUGUCUUCUGAAUCAUUUGCAAAUCCCGACAGUUCUUUCAAAGUCCCAAAGUUCCCGCCACGGAGCUUAGGCAAGAGCGAAUCGCCUUCGACAGCGCGUUCCAACUCCGCGGGCGGGCCUGUUGCUGGGUCGGAACAGGGUGUGGAGGGGACGGGCGGGCCCACGGCGGCGCGCCCGGCCCCCCAGCCGGCCGAGCCAGCGCGGCCGGCCGGCAGCACGCCCUACAAGCCGCCCGCCUGGGCCGGCAGUCCGCCACACGCCUACAGUCUGGAGGUGGUGCGCGGCGGCCAGCUGGUGGACACGGUCGAGCUGCAGCACCGAGCGAGUCUCGUGUUCGGCCGUCUGCCGGACUGUGACGUGCGGCUGGAGCACCCCUCCAUCUCGCGGCACCACGCCGUGCUGGUGUACAGGUGGGUCACCAUCGCCGAGCAGCACCGAGCGAGUCUCGUGUUCGGCCGUCUGCCGGACUGUGGCGUGCGGCCGGAGCACCCCUCCAUCUCGCGGCACCACGCCGUGCUGGUGUACAGGUGGGUCACCAUCGCCGAGCAGCACCGAGCGAGUCUCGUGUUCGGCCGUCUGCCGGGCUGUGACGUGCGGCUGGAGCACCCCUCCAUCUCGCGGCACCACGCCGUGCUGGUGUACAGGUGGGUCACCAUCGCCGAGCAGCACCGAGCGAGUCUCGUGUUCGGCCGUCUGCCGGACUAUGACGUGCGGCUGGAGCACCCCUUCAUCUCGCGGCACCACGCCGUGCUGGUGUACAGAUUGCAGAGCGGAGACUCGCGCGAGGCCGGGUUUUACCUGUAUGACCUAGGAAGCACCCAUGGCACCACUCUUAACAAGACGCCCGUGCAGCCGAAAGUCUACUGCCGAAUGCGCGUGGGCCAUAUGUGCAAAUUCGGGGGCAGUUCCAGGCUGUUCAUUUUGCAGGGCCCGGAGGAGGACCGGGAGGCCGAGUCUGAGCUGACCGUCACCGAGCUGAUGGAGAUCGGCCGGCGUCGUCAGGAGCAGAUGGCUCGGCUGGAGGAGGCCGCCGCGCCCGAUCAGGCGCCGCCGCCCGCCGCCCGCCUGCGGCCGGAGCUGGCCGACGCCGAGACUGCCGACGACCAGGGCGUCUCGUGGGGCAUGGGCGAGGACGCGGACGAAGCGAAUGACCUGCAGUUCAACCCGUUCGCGCUUGGCGAGGCCGAAAACGAGCAGCUGUACCUGGUGGACCCGAAGCGUACGCUGCGCGGCUGGUUCGAGCGCGAGGGCUACGAGCUGGAGUACCAGACGGAGGAGCAGGCCGGCCAGCGCCACGUCUGUCGUAUCACGCUACCGCUCGACACCGACGACGGCCGGCCGCUCGUCGCUGAGGCGCAGCACGUGGGCAAGAAGAAGGAAGCGGUGUUCCAGUGCGCUCUGGAGGCGUGCCGCAUGCUGGACAGGGCCGGCGUGCUGCGACAGGCUCGGCAAGAGAGCCGCCAGCAGCGGCGACGGAAGCCGGCUGCCGACGACUCGGACGACGACGACACGUUCCUGGACCGGACGGGCGCCGUGGAGAAGAAGCGCCAGAAGCGCCAGCAGGCCGCCGCCGGCGCCUCCGCCGCCGCCCGGCCCGACACCUACCAGUCGCUGCUGCUGCAGUACCAGAGGGUGCAGUCGAACGCCCUGGCUGUGGAGCGGCGUCUGGCGGAGAGCGAGGCGGCUGCUCAGCAGCCGGAGAGUCAGCCGGGGGAGAUGGACGAGCUGGAUGCCUUCAUGAGCAGCCUGAGCCGAGGAGGCAUCGGCGACCGUCAAGAGCGGCGCCGACUCAAGACUCAGCUGACCCAGCUGCGGGCGGAGGAGGGCCGUCUGUGUCGGCUGGUGAACCUGGCGCGGCCGGCCUCCAUGCCUCCGCUGCGGCCGCCGCCACAGGCUGCCGCCGUCCGCUCCGCUCUCACCGGCAUCAUCGGCAAGAGAAAGCAGAAGGCCGGUCGGUGCGCGGCGCCAGCGCGAGCCGUCCGAGGACCGGAGCGCCGCGUUCCGUCCGGGCCCGCCGUGGAGGACGAGGACGAGGUCGAGGACGAAAGGAAGAGGCGGCGCAAGGGUCGGAGCCGGAGCGACGGGUGCCGGCCGGUCCGACCCCCGAGCAGCCAGCCGCCGCCAGCCGGCUCCCGUCCGACGGCCCGGCGCCGGGACAGCGCGUGCCCUCCCCGGAGCCGAUGGAGGGCAGCUCGGCCCAGGAGCCCGGGACCGGGCCCGAAGCGGACCGGAGCGCCAGCGACCUGUGCCAGUCGGUGGAAAGGACCACGGACCCGGUGCCGGCGGCCGGUGAGCGCGGUGUGGACGACGCGCAGGAUACGACGCUGCGGCGCGAGGACACGGUCGCCGUCGGCCGGGCGCUGCAGCCCUUCAACAGGCCGGGCGAGAAGGAGGGUGCCGGGUCUCCGCAGCGGCACCGUCGAUCAGCAGCAUUCAGAAUCUGCACAGCAGCAGGCUGACAAAGCCAGAAGAAAACGUGAGGAGAGGACCAGGCGGAAGGCAGAAAAGGAGGUGGCGUCCGAGCCGUACUCGCGGCUCGCCGGCGACGGCACCUACGACGUUUGGGUGCCACCCGCCGACCAGUCGGGUGACGGACGCACCAGCCUCAACGACAAGUACGGCUACUGAGGCGGUGGCCGCGCUGCAGGACG